GUCUGUGUCUUUGCCUAUUUCUCCACGUGGCCCUUUUUUGGGCUUUAGAAGCCCUUCACCCGGUUACUGCCGUCUGUCUGUGUCACCUUCUCUAGCAAGAAGGUCUGGGACAAUUGUUCUUUUUAUGGUGCAACCACUUCUCUGUCAACUAUUCACACACGAAAAUGGACAACGAGCUUCCUCCUUGUCGACACUCGGCACCGAAGCCGUUAAGUGGUUGCCUAGAUGGGACAAAGGCUUUGCGGGCCAAGCCGUGUUCAGGCAUACUGCAACCUACCUAUCCUAAUGACAGCCCACGCUAAAAAAGCCAUGGAGGCCCUCCUUCUCGCCCACUUGACCGUCCUCGUCUCAGCAACCACCAAUUACACUUUCUACAAACAGGAUCCGAAACAUGUUGGGUACUGGGUCGAUGAGAAGGCUUCUCGUGUAACCAAACUCACCCUCGAUGCGGGCCACUACUGGGUGACUUCCUCCACUUUCCAAGCGGCCUGCAAAUUGGGCCAUUAUUUCAACGACUGCCCGAUGCCGACAAGGUGCAUCAAGGAAUAUAUCAGUACCUCUUUCCCCGAUCCGAGGAUUGUGAUGCAAAAUGAGAUUCCCAGCAGAACCAGAACCGACGAUAACUCCAGAGACAACAACGAUGACGACGACGUCCCCCUCCUAGGCGGCGCCUCCAUCUACACCGACGAAGACGGUCUGCUCCACAUAAGCGACGGGCCAACUAGCACCAGCACCAGCACUUCCACCGGCCGUGGGGCCAGUACCACCAGUACGAGUUACAGCACGACGAUGGCCACCUCAAUUUCCCCCCCCGGCCACCCUCCUGCCAUUAGCUUUAUGUUACCGUCUGAGACCCAUUCCACGGUGACAACACAAAUGGUACCGGGGCAAGAUCAAUUGGCAGGGGAAGAUUUCGAUCCUAUGGAGACUGCUAUUGCCGCAGCUACUAACAGGACCACCACUCGCACUAGUACGAACACUGGCACUACCACUGGGACCGAUUCUACUACUGACACCGGCACUCCCACCGACACGGACACUCCCACUCCCACCGACACUGACACUGACACUGAUCCCGAAAAGCAACAAGAAGACGGCGACGACAGAACCACAAAAUACGAGGGAAAAAACAAAAAAUGGAUAACAGCCGCCAUAAGGGAGAGUGGCGCGAGUAGUUUAGGGGGCUCUUCCAGCGAGAAGGUGGAUGAGGGAGUGGAAGGGGAGGGGGAAGCGGAAGUGGAAGAGGAGGUGGAAGUGGAAGAGAAGAGGGGUGGAUUGAAGAAGGGGACGCAGUUAUCGAUUAUUGACGAAGUAACCGAGCCAGGAAGCAAGAGAGGGAGUGGAGUGGAGAGCACUUCCAGUCCUGUGGAAGAGGAAGUGAGGGAUAGUUGGCCUGCCUUGCCUGAUCGAUUACUGGGGUCACCUGAUGAUAGGUCUGCUGAUGGUCGUGAAUCCGGUGAGGUGGUUCAUGUAUAUUUGGGGCAGUAGGUAAAAUAUCGAGGGAGUGCCCCUGGUGUUGAAAAAGCCUAAUGGUUCUACCGUUAGUGAAGCUGGAGUGAA